AUGAGCAGCCGCCGCAAGAACUUCCGCCGCCGCGCGGACGACGACGACGACGGGGGCAAGGCCGAGGAGGCCGGCCCCGCGAGCAGGCCCGCCGCCAAGGCCCAGCCCCCGCCCAAGCCCAGGCCGCAGGGCGCCAGCCGCCUCAGCUUCGCCGACGACGAGGAGGACGAGGACGACGCCGAGGAGGGGCCCUUCGCGCAGCAGCGGAGCCGCCGCCCGUCCGCCUCGGUGCGCCAGGCGCGCACGGCCUCCCCGGCCGCGGCGGCCCUCCACCGCGUCACGCCCGCCAGGGACCGGGCCCGGAGCUCGCCGGCCGUCGCCGCCGCGGCUCCCGCGCCCAAGCCGUCCAACUUCCAGAGCCAUGCUGGCGAGUACACCCCCGAGCGCCUCCGGGAGCUCCAGAAGAACGCGCGCCCGCUCCCUGGGAGCCUCAUGCGGGCUCCGGCGCCGCCUCCUCCCCCUCCUCCGGCGGCGGCUGAGUCCCGGCACCAGCGGCUGGCUGGAGCUGCGGCCAGCACCUCGUCUGGUCCCACCGCUGCCGGUAAAGCAGCUCCGGCGGAGCCAGUGGUUGUUCUCAAAGGUCUGGUGAAACCUAUGGCACAGGCCAGCAUUGGGCCACGGAGACCAUUGCCGAACGAGGUUGAAGAUAAUGUUUCUGAAGAGGAGGCCGAGGAUGAUGGAGAAGAUGAGGACAAAGGGCCACUGAUACCUGAUAAGGCGACUAUCGAAGCCAUCCGGGCAAAGCGGCAGCAACUGCAACAGCCGAGGCAUGCGGCGCCUGAUUUCAUCUCCCUUGAUGGUGGCGGUGUGCUCAGCAGCAGGAGGGACGCGGCUGGCGGGUCCAGCGAUGAAGAGGACAAUGAGAUGGAGGGUAGGAUUGCCAUGUACUCUGAGAAGACGAGUGAUGGCCAGAGGAGCUCAAAAGGAGUGUUUCAGGGGAUCAAUAAUAGGGGCCCUGCUGCCAGUUUGGGGGCUAUGAAAGAUAGGUUUAUGGAGGUUGAGGAUGAUGAGGUUGAUGACGAGGAGGAGGAAGAAAGGAAGUGGGAGGAAGCGCAGGUCAAAAAGGCGCUUGGUAAUAGGAUGGACGAUUCUUCUGCUCAGAGAGCAACGAACGGUGUUUCGGCUGCGAGGCAGCAGGUUCAGCCGCAGCCGUCUGGGUACUCGGGGGGUCCUCAUUAUCAGCCCUCCUUUAGCGGGGUUGUGCCUGGGGCAUCUGUUUUUGCAUCGGGUAGUGCAGAGUUCUUGUCCAUCUCUCAGCAAGCUGAUGUAGCAAGCAAAGCCCUGCAGGAGAACAUCAGAAAGCUCAAGGAAAGCCACAAGACAACAGUUGAUUCUUUAGCGAGGACCGACACACAUCUAAAUGAAGCCCUUUCAGAGAUUUCCAGCCUGGAGGGUGGCUUGCAGGAUGCAGAGAAGAAGUUUGUGUAUAUGCAGGAGCUCCGGAACUAUAUUUCUGUCAUGUGUGAUUUCUUGAAUGAUAAGGCAUUCUUCAUAGAGGAGCUGGAGGAGCACAUGCAGAAACUGCAUGAAAAUCGGGCACUGGCUGUUUCAGAGAGGCGGGCUGCCGAUUUUGCUGAUGAGUCAGGUGUGAUUGAAGCUGCGGUGAGUGCAGCAAUAUCUGUUCUUAGCAAAGGACCGAGCUCAGCUAAUCUGUCUGCUGCAUCGCAUGCUGCACAAGCAGCAGCAACUGCUGCCAGGGAAAGCGCUAACCUACCACCGGAGCUGGAUGAGUUUGGCAGAGAUAUCAACCUCCAGAAGCGUAUGGAUCUUAAGCGCAGGGAAGAGAACAGGAGGCGAAGAAAAGCUCGAUCCGAAUCCAAAAGAUUGUCUUCUGCAAGAAAGAGUGCUACUGAGCACAUUGAAGGUGAGCUAAGCACUGAUGAGAGUGACACCGACACCAGUGCUUACCUGUCCAGCCGUGAUGAGUUGCUCAAGACUGCUGAUGCUGUAUUCAGUGAUGCUGCAGAGGAAUACUCGAGCCUUACAAUUGUCAAGGACAAAUUUGAAGGCUGGAAAACACAAUAUCCUUUGGCCUACCGAGAUGCUCAUGUGUCACUAAGUGUGCCAUCUGUGUUUACCCCGUAUGUGAGGCUGGAGCUUCUGAAUUGGGACCCUCUCCAUGAAACAACUAGUUUCUUUGACAUGCAGUGGACUAACGUUCUUGUGGGUUAUGGAGUGCAAGAUGAAGACAGUGCUGACCCUAAUGAUCUAGAUCUGAACCUCAUUCAAGUUCUAGCGGAAAAGGUAGCCCUUCCUGUCCUGCACCACCGUAUUAAGCACUGCUGGGACAUUUUGAGCACGCAAAGAACACAACAUGCUGUAGAUGCAACUUUUAUGGUGAUUAACUAUGUGCCGGUAACAAGCAAGGCUUUGCAUCAACUGCUGGCGACGGUGUGUAGUCGUCUGACUGAGGCAAUUGCUGACGUGUCAGUACCAGCCUGGGGAUCAAUGCUGACAAGGACUGUGCCAGGUGCUGCUGAGUAUGCUGCAUACAGAUUCGGAGUGGCCACACGGCUGCUUAAAAAUGUGUGUCUGUGGAAAAAGGUCCUUGCAGUAGAUGCCCUGGAGAAACUUGCUCUAGAAGAGCUAUUGAUAGGAAAGAUUCUUCCUCAUAUGAAAAGUAUCAUUCUGGAAGUCCAUGAUGCGGUCACAAGGGCCGAAAGGAUAGCCGCAUCACUUUCAGGAGUCUGGUCUUCACCAAACAAGAAGCUGGAGCCUUUCACAGAUUUCGUGUUGGAACUAUCAAACAAGCUCAAGAGUAGACACAUUUCAGGCGUUAGUGAAGAAGAGAUACGUGGGCUGGCUCGUCGUUUGAAGAACAUAUUGGUGGCGCUGAACGAGUACGAUAAGGCUAGAAAUAUUUUGAAGACCUUCCAAAUCAGAGAAGCUCUCUAG